AUGCAUCAACAUCCAGGACAGGAUUACGACCAGCAACAGUAUAGCACCGCCGUCACAGCCCCGGUACCAAGAAUGCCUCCAUACGGCAAGCGUGCAGGAUGGAAGCCCAAGAAGCCAGAGGACUUUGGCGAUGGGGGUGCAUUCCCAGAGAUCCACACCGCUCAGUACCCCCUUGACAUGGGACGCAAGAAGAAAGCGGCUACAAAAGCAGGCUCGACGAUUGCACUUCAGGUGGACGCACAAGGAAACGUCGCAUACGAUGCCAUCGCCAAGCGGGGACACUCUUCAAAGCAGAUCGUGCAGUCGCAGUUCAAGGACCUUGUUCCUCUCAACGAACGUGCGGAUGUUGGAGAGAUCUCUUUGAGCCGACCCAGCGAGGAGGAAGUGCAGGAGACAGCGGAUCGUACUAGGACAGCACUGGAGAAGAUUUCAAAGUCCAAGAUUACUGCUGCGCUACCCAAGAAUGUCGUUUCCAACAAUAAACCAGGAGCACCGACCUAUAUUCGUUACACGCCUGCCAACCAAGCUGCAGGUGCCGAGGGCGCGAAGCAGAGAGUGAUCAAGAUGGUGGAGAUGCCCGUUGACCCAAUGGAACCACCCAAACAUCAGCACAAGAAGGUUCCUCGCGGACCCCCAUCACCUCCACCACCAGUUUUGCACUCGCCACCUCGCAAAGUCACCGCUCAGGAACAGGCCAACUGGGUCAUUCCACCCUGUAUUUCGAACUGGAAGAACGCCAAGGGAUACACCAUUCCCCUGGAUAAACGUCUCGCGGCUGACGGACGUGGACUGCAGGAGGUGCAGAUUAACGACAAAUUUGCAAACCUGGCUGAGGCUCUGGCGUUGGCCUCAAGACACGCUCAGGAUGAGGUUCGCCAGAGAGCAUUGAUGCAACAGAAAGUUGCUCAGAAAGAGAAGGAAGCCAAGGAACAGAGCCUGCGUGCGUUGGCCCAGAGGGCUCGUGAUGAGAGAGCCGGUAUUGUGCCCUCGGCCUCUACGAGUAUGGACGUGGAUGCUUCACCUCGUCCUGGUGGUGGCUCUGCAUCAGAGUCCGAGUCGGACGAUGAGGAUGACGAGGCGAAGCAGAGGGCGGCUCGCGAACGUGACGCUCUCCGCAGAGAAAGACAGCAGGAACACGAGAAGGAUCUGCGCAUGUCCCGCAUGGGUGCAGAGCAGAAGGCAAAGGUCAUGGCCAGGGCGGAAGGAAGAGAUAUUUCAGAAAGAGUCGCUUUGGGAUUGGCCAAGCCUACACAAAGCAAGGACAGUAUGUACGAUUCUCGCCUGUUCAACCAAUCUGGAGGACUGAGCUCUGGAUUCAAGGACGACGAGUCAUACAGUGUCUAUGACAAGCCCAUGUUUAUGCACACUGGAUCGAGCGUCUACAGACCCAAGCGAUCAGGAGACGAUGGCGGUAACGAUGAAGUUGGAACCGAGGACGAUAUCACCCGCGCGCUGGCAUCGGACCGCUUCGGAGGUGCAGGCAUUAGUGCAAAGGGAUUCAAGGGCACCGAGGGUGGUCGCAGCAUGCAGAGGGAAGGUCCUGUGGCGUUCGAGAAGGAAGACGAUAUUUUUGGAUUGGACAAGUUCAACAAGGUUGAUGUGUCAAAGAAGAGGAUGGGAUUGGAUCUCUCGACAACUCAGGAGGGCAAGAGGAGGAAAGACUAA